GUUACCUACCCGGGUGGACGGUAAGCGGAGGCGGGACAGACUGCAGCGACGGCGGCUCCCUGAAAUAAAUCCCCGAAGAGAGGGAAAGGCAGCUGGCAGGCGGCCCACGAGGCUGGAGUGGAGAACGAGCCGGCUCGCUCGGCGUCUGCGGCUCAGCGCUUUCCCGCCUUUGCGCUCGGCUUUGCCAUGGAUACCUGUUGAAAUAGUUCUUGGCUUGGAAAUCAUCAGUAUCAAGGAAGAACAAUCCACGUGAGAGCCACAAAUGGAGAAUCAAUCUUGGGACUUUUUUGAAGCCCUCAUGGGCAAUAUCAGCACCAACCAGACUCUUCUGAACAAGAUGCCUCAGUUGCCCCUGGAGAUCCAGGUGGUCACUAUCUUGCUGGUCCUUCUGAUCUGUGGGGUAGGCAUUGCAGGCAAUAUUAUGGUAGUCUUGGUGGUUCUUCGCACCAAGCACAUGGUGACUCCCACCAACUGCUACCUUGUGAGCCUGGCUAUAGCUGAUUUGAUUGUGCUACUGGCAGCAGGGCUGCCCAACAUCUCUGAGGUAGUGGCCUCCUGGGUGUAUGGCUAUGCUGGUUGUCUCUGCAUUACUUAUCUGCAGUACUUGGGCAUCAACAUCUCAGCAUGCUCCAUCACAGCCUUCACGGUGGAGCGUUACAUUGCCAUCUGCCACUCCAUUAAGGCACAGCUGCUUUGCACCGUAGCCCGGGCCAAACGCAUCAUCGCUGUCCUAUGGCUCUGCACUUCGCUCUACUGUCUCAUGUGGUUCUUUUUGGUGGACACCUCGAAAGCCAUGUUUGCUGAUGGCACUCAAGUCAGCUGUGGCUACCGGGUCUCCAGGAACCUCUAUAUGCCCAUCUACUUCUUAGACUUCACCAUAUUCUAUGUCAUCCCCCUGGGCUUGGCCACUGUUCUGUAUGGUCUCAUUGCCCGCAUCCUCUUCAUGAAUCCACUGCCUGCAACACCACAGCAUGCCAGCCGGAUGAGCAAACGCAGCAGCUCCAUCACUACCUCCAGCUCCAUGAAGCUCUCUUGCCGAGGAAACAAGGGUGCUUUGAGCUCCAGGAAACAGGUGACCAAGAUGCUGGCUGUGGUGGUGAUUCUCUUUGCCCUUCUGUGGAUGCCAUACCGUACCUUAGUGGUAGUCAACUCUUUCAUGGACCCUCCCUACCUGAACAGCUGGUUUCUCCUCUUCUGUAGACUCUGCAUUUACCUGAACAGUGCUAUCAACCCAGUCAUUUAUAACUUGAUGUCCCAAAAAUUUAGAGCUGCCUUCAGAAAGUUAUGCAAAUGUGAGCAGAAGAGAACUGAAAUUGCCACGCAGUUUAACACCCCUGUCUUCUACAGCACAAUGAAAGACUAUUCUCAUGACAGUUCGGAACACAAUGUAACAGAACAAGAAGAUCUCAAUGGCUGCCCUCCAAUAGCCAGGAAAAAGUAAUCUUGCCAAGUAAAUAUGGCACAUAAUCACUGCCUUUGGUUGCAGAAACCACCAAUGUGGAUCGUUUUAGGAAUAUCUGAUCAGCAUGCUAAAGAUCUAUAAUUCUUUUUUUCUGCAUUUGGAUGUAAUAUUUUCAUUACUGUAUUUUAAUGCUAACCUGAGCUUACCUGUGUCAAAUAUUAGUUGUGGCUAAAAAUUUUUGUGGUACAAUGAAAUCUCUCAUUUGGUGUCAAUAGCCUUUUCUGAACAAUCCUCUCUCAGAAUUGUGUGCAAUCCAUUGGCUACACUCUGUCCAUUGUAUUCUCACCAACACAAACUUACUGUUGUCCAUGCUUUUUUGAAGAAGAGGAUUUGGAAUGAGAAGCUCCUUUAUUUGAAACUUUUCUCCUGGAUCAGGAAGAGAGGCAUUUCUGGGAUGAAAGACUAGACAGAAGAAACCUCUCUAUCUUACUUUGGGGCCUUAUGGAAAUAAUUGAAUCAGAUUGGAAACUAUGGGCUUCAAAUGUCCCAUGUCUGUUCUAAAGCCUGGUUGAAGUAGGGAAAUAGCUCAUUGAUGAAAGUGAUAGAUAUUCUUGCAGAAGAAAUGGAGACAAAGAAAAUUUCCAUGAAUAAGUCUAACUCUUCUGAAAUGGCUCUCUUAAGUUUCAUGCACUAGUUUAAACAUUAAACUAUGUAUCUUGCUGGCUCAAGUGAAAUUUGGCAUAUAGAGCCUUUCUAGGACUUUCCAUGAUGUCUGUUGGCUACUACGGAUGCUUUUACAGGACAUGCUCUAGAGACAGGGGACAGGCUUCCUUGCUGUUAAAACAGAAUCAUUGGAAAGAUGCUGCCUUUUCAUUCCUUAGAAUUAAGGUCAUCUAAUUUGAUACUUUUCUACAUUGACACUUGUUUUCCAGUUCUUCAGGAUAGAAAUUAUCCCAGGAAAUAUUGAGGAUUGAAUCUGCAAUCUUUUGCAUGUCCGUUUGUGUUUUACUACUUAGCUAAUUGCUUACUGUCCAGUUUAUUAUGAAUGUGAAGAGCCAUUUGAAAGUACAUUAUUCAUUUUAAUAGGUAAAAGUGAAGUGUAAGCAGGUUGGGAAAUCUGGAAACUGAGGUCCAAAAUACUGAGAAUCCAGAUUAGGAAAUACACUGAUAGAAAAGCCCAGCCACUGCUUAUAUGAUGCAGAUAACAUAUUCCAAGGUGCUGGAAGUCAAUGAAACACUGACCCAUGUGAUGAUCUGUGUUAUUUUUAUAUCUGUGUUAUUUUUUUUCAGUUAACACAUAUCUAAAUCUUCAGUAGCUGAGCAACAUUAUUUAGACAUUCCACUGCUUUCAAAUCAACUGUGCCUCUGUUUUUCUUUAUAAAAGAGCCUAAGAAAUUUAGUUGAACAACAUUAACUGUUCAAUUAUCGCAGAAACCUUAAUCUGAUUUUCCUAGUGGAAUUCCUAAAAUAAUUCCUGCUUCUGGUCUAUUCCUUUUCUUAAUCAUUAGUUAGGAUCACAUUCUACUAUAUUUUCCCCUUCGUACAAAUUACAAGAAUCCUCAACAAGAUAAUAAAGAAGACUAACAUUUUAAUUUCCAUACCCUGAUAUGAUUCAUCUCUGACAAUAUAUAAACAUUUAGCAAUAGUGAUUAAAUAUCAUACUCCUUUGGUGGCACUAACUCAGUUCCAGUUUAGAUAUUUUGACAAAUUGAUUUUGCUUGACCUUGUUUUUGAUUAUUUUUUUCUCUCUUUCAGAAUGCAAGGAUUGCUACAUCUCUGGAAUUCCAACUAUGGUCCAAUUCUUCUUCACAGUGUUUCUGUUAAUUUGUGAUGUGAAGUUAUUUGGAUCCAAAGUGGCAGGAAAAAGUGUACUUCAGCAAAAGAGAUGCUGAUAGGGCCCUCAAGGUCACUGCAACUCAAACAUCUAUUUUCCUGGCCUCACACCGCUAGUGUGCUGGACUGGGAAGGGUGCAGCUUCUUAAACAGCAAAUGAAUAUUAGAUCAUAGACAUCUUUUCCACUUCACCAAUACAGGGUUGGGGUAUCAGAUGCUGUUCCUGUUUGGCUGAACAUCCCUUCUGAAUACCUAAUUUAAUAUGUGGUUCUAGGAAAGUCUGCAUUGUAUAAUAUGUAUCAGUGGAAUUUGUAGCCUAUUUUGUAUCUGAUGCACAGGUAUCUUGGAAAUCAGAUCAGCGAAGAUUCAAAUUUGUUUCCAAGACCAUUAACCCAUCAUUAGCGCUAAUUACAGUUUGGCAUAGAUAGGAGUCACUCUAGAACUUAAUAAACAUAAACAACAAUGUUCCUGUAGUAAAUUUCAAGGUAUAGUUUCAGUGUCUCUUUCUGCUUCUCCAUUAUCUUGUGGGUGGUGAAGAACUGGUUGUAAUAUGAUUAAAGGUUUUUUUGUGACUUGAGGAUCAUUAGCUAUAUAUAAGUUCAUCGCACUAUCCAUCUCUAACAAUUUUCUACAUUUCCAAGCAAUUAGCAGCAAAAGACUUUACUGUAUUUGAAAACUGAAGAUAUCUGAAAAAACAGUCUGUAACAACUAAGUUACCAUGACCUGUAAUUUUACAAUUACUAGCUCUAAUGAUCUUUAGUGAUUUAUUGGCAAUGGUGUAACCAUCAGUGCUUCUUUUUGGCUAAUAAUGAUAUGAAGAAUAAUAAGAAUAAUACAUUCCUGGUUGCUAAAAGUGCUUUAUGAUUUUGACUUAGCGAUGGUAAUUGAACAGAUAGUUAGUUUUCCAUGACCUCUACAUUUAGUGAUGCUAUUGUGAUUUUAAAAAAGUAUUUAUUGUGUCUCAGCUGAAUACUAAUUGCAUCAUAUUCCUGUAAUAUUAUUCAUCUUCUCUUUGCAAGCUAGAUGCACAUGAUGGCAACUAUUUUACAUAAAUUCUCUAGUUCUGAACCAGAAAUAGUGAUGUGCUAUGUAUGUCAAAUAGACCAGUUACAAAUGAGGCCUGAAGUUUGCUUUAAAGUAAUGGUUUCUACUGAAUACCCACAAGUUAUUAUCAGUUAAACGUGUUAAAAUAUUGAAAUACCUUAUCAUUUUGGCAAUCUAGAAAAGAGCACCAAUAGUAAUUUCUUCUGGGCCCACAUACUUGCAAAUGUCCAACAACAACAACAAGGUGCUGGUUUAGAAACCAGAAGAUUGUGAGUUCUGCCUUAAACAUGAAAUCCAGCUGGGUGACUUCGAGUUAGUCACUCUCUCUCACACACACAGUCCAGUCCACCCCACCACACAGGUCUGUUAUUGUAGAAAAAAUAGGAGGUGGGCAUUUUAGGUAUGUUUGCCACCUUGAGUUAUAUAUAACAAAAGUGAGAUAAAAAUACAAUAGUAAUAAUGCCUUUCACAACCAAUGGAUCAACACUGUAUUAAACAAAAAAAAGUACACCUGCAUUUAUAGGAAAACUUUAGGAACAAAUAAUUAAAAUGCCCAAUCCAGUCUAAACAGCUUGCUAACUGUACAACCAAUUAUAAUAAUAAUAAUCUUAUUAUUCACAUUCACUUGAAAGCUAUAUUAUACCAUGUGAUCUCUAGUAUUUUAGUGGUACUUAGUUCAAAUUUAUAUUCUUUGGAAUAUAUAAUGGCAAACAAUGACUUCAGGUCUCUACAGUUGGGAAGAUUCCAAAUUAAACAGCUAGUUUGAAAAGCACAGAUGUGUUUAUACUGGUACACAAAGUAUAAACCCAAGUUUCUUAGCUUGGGCUGACUGACUUUCUGAAGCAAUAGACUAUAGGCUUCUGUUUUCAGUCAUCAUCUUGAGGCAAUGCACUCUCUGUUCUGAAUACUGGGUGCUGCUGGAUACAAAACACAAAUAUGGUAGAUAUCAUAGAAUGCAGCACUGGGGCUAAAGCUAAAAAUCAUCUGAUUUUUCCUAAAAGAUUCAUUUUACAAAUGUCCUGAAAGCUUCCAUCAUAUAUGUAUUUCCAAACAGAAUCUCUUUUAUACAAUCUAUUUAAAAGAUACAGGACUUCUGCUAAUUGUGGUAAAAUCUUUCAAAGUAUUGGAACAUCGCCCCAAAUUUAUCUAUGAAUUCAGGAAGGCUAAUCAAUAAAACAGCCUGCAACUUUUUCAUGCUUGGACUUAUGCCAUUUAUACCAGUUGUGGGUUUAAAAACCCGGCACUACUGAUUCUCUAUUGGUAGCGCACAGGUGUGCGCACACGCUUCAUGAUCGCGCAUACGGAGAUAAUUUUUUAUGAUAUCUGGGCAGGUGGGCGGAGCCUCCCGCCGCCACCACUUACCAGUUCGCUUGAACCAGGGAGAACCGUGAGCAACCCACCACUGAUUUAUACGUUAUGGGAUGUCUGAUGCAUAUGAGUUUUUUCUGCAUUCAAUUUUCUUUAGGCAGGACUAUAGGCAGUCUUUGGUCUUCGGUAUCUUCAAUAAGACUGUAAACCAAAAUUUUCUUGAUAAAUGUUGAAAAGCCCAGCAAAUAUUGUAGCAGUUAAUUACAUUUGGAACUAUUGGAGAAAAAAGUAGGAAUAUGUGAUUGGCUUCCUUUUGUGGCUGUUUUCCUUCUAAAGGGUUAUUAGGUUGGCUCGGGCGUUUAUAAAUUUCCCCCAUCCCUACUAGGUUCCUCAAUCUGGCCCUUGAUCAUUUUACAACCCCUUCUAAAAUUAUAGAUUAUAGAAAUUUCAAUCUCUAGUUUUUGAGAUAGAGCUCUGUCAAACCACCUGCCCCUACACAUUUAUUUCUGCUCUCUGCAAACUCAGGUUUUUUUUUUUAAUGCACAUGAUAUAGAUCUCAACGUAUUUCCCAUGUUACUAGUUUCUUUGGUGAAAAUAAGCCAUCUCACUGACCAAAUUUCCCAUACUUUUGGGGAAAGAUUCAUCAUUUCCCUUUAGUCUAAAAAUAAGAUAAAUAACAGAAGAACCUUUGCUUUCAAGAAGGAAAUCCAGAAGACCUAAUAAAAUCAAAGGCUUCCAUUGAAGAUCUUUAUUUAUCAAACUACAAGACACACAUUUCAUUCAGGGAUUCCCAAAACUGCUGGAUGAUGUAAAGUUCUAGUAUCACAUUUGUUCUUAAUAAAAUGGCCCAAAGCUUUCACACUAAUCAGUAUCUAUUAGUUACAACAGAGUAUUAUAAAGUUUAUUUACAAUAACAAUCUGUUUUACAGUCUUUUUUUUUUUUAGUAGAAUCCAUCCUCUUCCAUCCGCAAGUCCUACUUCUGUUCUUCAAGGGGUCCUUCCCUACCACGAAAAGUGAUGGCGACUCUUUCUCCUAGAGAAACUCACCUAGUGAGACUUCUCAUUUCUCUCCAGCUGAUGCUGUUUUUGCUUGUGUUAUGAUUUGCAGCUGGAAUCCUUUCACAUGUUCCCAAGAAAGAGCAUAAUUUGGCUUCCUUCUCAUUGCUUGUGACAUGGCUCCUGCUGCUUUCUUCUCCACCAGCAGUUUUCUAGUAGUGGAUAAAGGCCAUUGCCCUGACCUUCAUUCUGUAAAUAGCUUACAGUAGUGGCCAAAAUUGUGGAAACAUUUUGGGAAAAGUAUAUUUUCUAAAACUAGCUAAUAACACCACUUUUUUUUGGAGUAGUACCAUAAAAUUAUAUAUCAAUGGAAAGAUAAUUUAAUCAAGAAUGUAAUGCAAUAACUUUUAUGAAGGAUUUUCUAUUAGAAUAGCAGUUACAGUAUAAAGAAGAAAAGUGAAACACGUAGAAAAAAUGAGAUAUACAAAAAUUAUCACCAUAGAAAAAAUGAGAUAUACAAAAAUUAUCAACUAAGUUAAUACUGAGUUGGGUAACCUUUAGCAUGAAUUAUGGCCUUUCAAAGUCUUCCCAUGGAAUGAAUCAAGUCUUUUAGUUCUGCAGCUGUUAUAAUGUGAAACCAAGAUUGAAUGAUUGUUUCUAAUAACUGGGUUUUAUUGUUGGGUUGCUUCUGACUAACAAGUUUCUUUAGUCGGCUCCGUAGAUUUUCAAUUGAGUUAAGGUUUGGGCUAUUCCCAGCAGUGGAAUAUGAUUAUCUUGAAACUCCAAAAAAAAAAAAAAAAGUGGUGUUAUUAGCCAAUAAACCUCAAAAAUACACUUUUCUCAAAAGGUUUCCACAAUUUUGGCCACUUCUGUAUAUAGAGUAGCAAUCUUGGUAUGCUGGAGUAAGAGGUAGGCAGGCUGAGCAGUGUUUACUCCUUAUUUUAGUGAUUUCAACUAAUGUGAACCUUUACAAAUCUGCAUACUGGAUCAGCGAAAUGGGCUUCACCCAUUCAUCAUAUUUCAUGGUUUGGGAGUUCAGAAUAUUCAGGAAAUAAAGGUGGUUCUUCAGCUUGAUGCUUUACAAUAUGCCAGCUCCCCAUUUCUUUCAUGUAAAACAGCCAGAUGGAGCUAAGGGAACAAUCUGGAAGCACAUUGACACUCUGGACACAAUCUUGAGAAUCCAAGUCUAGUUCUGAAGUUUUCUAGAGUUCUGUGGUGUGUAUUGAGAAGCAAGGAAAAUAAAAAAAAAAAAAGCAAUUGCCUGCAAUUCUUUUUAUAUGUACAGCCAUCUGGGAUUUUGAGCUGAUUUGCACAUUUGUGCCCAUUUAUGGAUAGUUCUUGCACUCUGUUGACAAGUUGAAGAAAA